AUGAUCGCCGUGGAGACCUCCCUCACUGCAGAGGAUCUUCCGAACACACUGGAAGACCUGCGACUGUCAAUUGAGCUGGCGGUGCCACAUGGACGCACUCAUGGAGGUUGUAGCGCCGCGGACGCCGGCAGCUGGCGCAAUGGUGUUCCAGCGAACGUGCAGCAGGUGUGGAAGAAGCACCUCGCUGACGACUUUCAGGAGCUGUGUCGCCGAUACGCACAGGUGGAGAAUACAAAUAACCUCAACCACCUAGGCACACUCGGCACCGGAAACCAUUUUAUUGAACUGUGCCUCGACGACCAGCAGCCGCACAAGCACGUGUGGGUGAUGCUGCACUCCGGCUCGCGCGGUGUGGGCAACCGCAUUGGGUCUGUCUUCAUUGAACUGGCAAAGAAAGACAUGGAGGCGCGCAUGAUUCACCUCCCUGAUGCCGACCUCGCCUACCUCGACGAAGGCACGGCGCACUUCAGCGACUACACCUUUGCGGUGGAGUGGGCUCAGAAGUACGCGUGGUGGAAUCGCCAACUUAUGCUCGACGCUGUACUGGCAGCCAUGCGAGAGUGCAUCGUAACCCCAUUCACAACGGUGCAAGCAGCCGUGAAUUGCCACCACAACUACGUGGAGCGCAUUCGUAUUCCCAUUCGAGAACAACGACAAGAGGACCAUGCCGCGAGCACACCAGGCCAGGAGACGUUCCGCGAGCAAGAUGUGUGGCUUACUCGCAAGGGCGCUACUUCUGCGCGUAUGGGUGAACUCGCCGUGAUUCCUGGGUCCAUGGGGGCCUGCAGCUACAUUGUACGAGGCAAGGGCAACGCGGCAAGCUACUGCUCCUGCUCGCACGGUGCUGGGCGGCGCUACAGCCGCGGCGAGGCGCGCCGGCGGUUCACUCUGGCGGACCAUGAAACUGCUACUCUGGGCAUCGAGUGCCGCAAAGACAUCGGCGUACUGGAUGAGACACCCGCCGCUUACAAGAGCAUUGACGCUGUCCUGGCUGCUCAGGACGACCUCGUAGAGGUGGUCACCGAGUUGCGGCAAGUGCUAUGUGUGAAAGGGUGA